GUGGCAGCUAUCUCUGGCUGAGCUGUGGCCACGAUGCAGCACCUAGAGGAAGAUCUGACUAUUCUUGGAGAAGCGGAUGAUAUCUUCUGUGAAGGAAUAUCUUCCAGGCUCCCGGAAAUCAUGUCAGUAGGAUCACAUUCAUUCUCCCCAGGUGGUCCCAAUGGGAUUAUUAGAAGUCAAUCUUUCGCUGGCUUCAGCGGUCUUCAAGAAAGACGAUCCAGGUGUAACUCCUUUGUUGAAAAUGCCUCUGCACUUAAGAAGCCCCAAGCAAAGGUGAAGAAAACGCACAAUUUGGGGCAUAAGAACAGCACCGCCUCCAAAGAGCCCCAGCCUCAAAGGAUGGAAGAGGUCUACAGGGCCUUAAAGAAUGGAUUGGAUGAGUAUCUGGAAGUUCACCAGACAGAGCUGGAUAAGUUAACUACUCAGUUAAAAGACAUGAAAAGAAACUCACGGCUGGGGGUGCUGUAUGACCUAGACAAGCAAAUCAAAGCGAUAGAAAGAUAUGUGAGAAGGCUGGAGUUCCACAUUAGUAUGGUGGAUGAGCUGUACGAAGCCUAUUGUAUCCAAAGACGUCUUUGUGACGGCGCCAGCAAAAUGAAGCAAGCAUUUGCAAUGUCACCUGCUAGCAAAGCGGCUCGAGAGAGUUUGUCUGAAAUCAACAGAAGCUACAAGGAAUACACAGAGAACAUGUGUACCAUUGAAGGAGAGCUGGAAAACCUACUGGGGGAGUUUUGCAUCAAGAUGAAAGGUCUGGCUGGUUUUGCUCGUCUUUGUCCUGGAGAUCAAUAUGAGAUUUUCAUGCGGUAUGGUCGCCAGCGAUGGAAAUUGAAAGGCAAAAUUGAAGUGAAUGGCAAGCAAAGCUGGGAUGGAGAAGAAAUGGUUUUCCUCCCUCUUAUUGUUGGGCUGAUCUCUAUUAAGGUCACAGAAGUUAAAGGACUUGCUACUCACAUUCUAGUGGGAAGUGUUACCUGUGAGACAAAGGACUUGUUUGCAGCUCGGCCUCAGGUGGUUGCUGUUGACAUUAACGACCUUGGCACUAUAAAGCUGAACCUUGAAAUUACCUGGUACCCAUUUGAUGUUGAGGACUUGACCCCAUCCACAGGCAAUGCGAACAAGACAUCUGCUCUUCAAAGAAGAAUGUCCACGUAUAGCCAAGGGACUCCAGAAACUCCUACCUUCAAGGAUCACUCAUUCUUUAAAUGGCUACAUCCUCCACAAGACAGGCCGCAGUUGUCAGUUUUAGAUGCUCUGCAAGACACUUUCUUUGACAGGCUGCAGCGCAGUCGCUCUUUCAGUGACCUGCCAUCUCUCAGGCUGAGGCCUAAAGCAGGGCUAGAGCAAUAUUCCAAUUCGCCAGACGACAUCUUUGAAAAUGGGAUGGCAGGCACGGAGAAAAGACCAAUAUCUUUCAGCUUUGGCGAUAUACCCAAUGGAGAUUGUGCUCCCCCACCCAUCACUGUAGAUUCCGCCUCUGCCCUUGACCCUUCCAGUCCUGAAAUUACUGUCACACCUCCAGAGCACAAAUCCUCAAAAAAUCCAACGAUGGACAGUUCCAGCACAAACUCGUCCCUGGACUCUACACCUGAGUCAAAAGACUUGAAGUCACAGCCAGAGCAUACACCAGUACAGGAGAACAAGAAAAGUUCCAGAGUAGCCUCUGAAGUUCACCAAAAGUCUCCAGGCCCUGGGAGUGAUAACCUGUUUAUAGAUUCUAGUGUCCCAGUGUCACUUCUACAGGAGACAGAUGACGUGUCAGAGUUGAAACCGGUGGAACUGGACACCUAUGAAGGCAACAUCACCAAACAGCUGGUAAAAAGGCUCACCUCCGCAGAGGCUCCAAUGACACCUGAAAGGCUGCAGUGUGAGGGAUCAAUAAGUGGUGAAUCAGAAGGAUACAAGUCUUAUUUAGAUGGAAGCAUAGAAGAUGCCUUUCAGGGGCUUCUCCUAGCCCUUGAGCCACAUAAGGAACAGUAUAAAGAAUUUCAGGACCUGGACCAACAGGUGAUGCAUCUGGACGAUAUUCUCAAAUGCAAGCCAGCAGUAAACCGAAGCAGGUCCUCCAGUGUCAGUCUAACAGUUGAAAGUGCUUUAGAAAGCUUUGAUUUCCUGAACACCUCUGACUUUGAUGAUGAGGAUGGUGGAAGUGAUGAGGUUUGUAAUGGUGGAGGAGGUGCUGACUCAGUAUUUUCAGACACUGAGACUGAGAAGACUAGUUACAGGUCAGAUCACCCAGAAGCCAGAGGGCACCUCAGUGAAGCUUUGACUGAAGACACAGGAGUUGGGACCAGUGUAGCUGGAAGUCCUCUCCCACUGACCACAGGGAAUGAGAGUCUUGAUAUCACAAUAGUUAAGCAUUUGCAGUACUGUACACAGCUCAUUCAGCAAAUUGUGUUCUCCGGUAAAACUCCAUUUGUUGUAAGAAACCUCCUGGAUAAACUGUCCAAGGAGAUCGUAGUAGUGGAGAACCUUGCAGAGAUCAGCAGUGAGAACAUGGGGAACAUCAUCUCUAUAACUGAAGCAAUUCCAGAAUUUCAUAAAAAGCUAUCACUGCUGUCUUUCUGGACUAAGUGCAUGGGUCCCACAGGGGUGUAUCAUACCUCUGCAGACAAGAUGAUAAAGCAGCUGGAUGUCACUUUUGCCACAGCUGUGAAUGAAGAGUGCCCAGGACUUGCAGAAACAGUAUUCAGAAUCCUGCUGUCUCAGAUCCUCGACCGAACAGAACCAGUCCUCUCAUCCAGUCUGUCCUCUGAAAUCCUAACGGUUUUUCAGUUUUACAAUUAUUUUGCCAGCAACGGCGUUAGCGACCUUGGAAGCUAUUUGUUGCAACUUGCAAAAGAAGCCUCAGUGGUUCAGAAGCUGCAGACAUUAAAAGAUGAAAAACUGCUACAGAAUAUAGCUGAGCUAACCUCCAGCAGUCUUCCACCUCAGCAGGAAGUACUGAGGUCCUUGGCUUUACUUCUGACUGAAAAUAAAAAUGAAAUUGGCGAGGCUGUGACAUUACUCUUGUCAGCUUCAGCAGAAAACAGGCAUUUCAGGGAGAAGGCUUUAAUUUACUACUGUGAAGUGCUAACACAGCCUAACCUCCACCUACAGAAAGCAGCUUGUAUGGCACUGAAAUGCCUUCAGGCUACUGAAAGUAUUAAAAUGCUAGUUACGCUCUGCCAAUCUGACAAUGAAGAAAUCAGAAAAGUAGCGGCUGAAACCCUUCUCUCUCUUGGUGAAGAUGGGCGACUGGCAUAUGAACAGCUGGAUAAAUUUCCGCGGGAAUUUGUUAAAGUUGGAGGCCGUCGGGGGACUGAAGUUGCCACAGCUUUUUAGACUCAAGAUAAUCCGCCUAACAGUUAACAGUCAUUAUGACUGUUCACAUUAACUGGAAUGGUGCUGUAAUUUAACUGC